GUAGCCUGUACACAUGCGCAAAAUGUUAUGUUUGUGAAACAGCUGCCCUGAAAGCCGAAGUAAUGCCUAAUUUUCGACGAUAUUUAGGGGAUUUCCUCUUAUCCAGGGUCUACCUCUGACAUUUCGAUGAGUUUCAUCAUUUACUGGCUCGACAUAAGAGCGCUUCCACUGACCGUCAGACGAGAGAAAAUGUGUUUACGAAGAGCGAGAUUGUCACGGACUUGUUUAGGACCUCAAGUUGCAUGUAAAGUCACAUUACGUGGUUUACCUGCGUAACACAUAGGAGAAGAAGCUUGUUGUAUACUGUGUGCUGUUGAAAGUGAAAUCUUACCCGGUGGAGUCGGCUUACAUAACACUCAGCUUGCGUCGCGUUGGUCUGAUUUUCCCGGAGCUUGAAUUCGCAUUUAUUUUUGAUAUUGUUCAAUCUUCUUGCCCUCUACUCAUAGCUUUCGUUUCUGAAUUGUAUUCUAACAAUUUUGUCUGCCUGGAUCUGUAAAGUUUUGACUGUACAUGGAUGUAGUUGCAAUUCAAGCUGUGUGCAAUAAACCGAACAUUUGGACUUUCCCAAAUAAAAAUUAGGCUUCAGUUCUGUGGUAACUUGUACAGUUGUACUUGUAAGACCUUGAUGAUAAUUUAGUCAAGUUGACAUGAUGUUGCUAGUCAUAGUGAUAAACUUAAAGAUAGUAAAAUUGGAAUGAUUUGAACAGAACCUUGAUUUCUUUUCCUGCUGGUGUUCAUGACAGUUUGUGAGGAGAGGACAGGAAACGAACACUUUCAAUAAACCAGGAAAAUAAUUGUUGACAAGAUGGCGGCAAUAGUGACCAACUUUCUACCGGAUUCCCCAAGUCAGGACAACCUGAAAUCCCCAACGACGCCCACUACCCCUAGCGCCCCAUUCCCUGGUAUGGGCGAAUGCAAUCUCUUCUCGCCAGAAGACACGCUCAAUGGAGAUGAUGCCCUGAUAGGGGAGCUCAAUGCGAAGGACAAGUUGGUAUGCCCAUCUGACAUGGUCUACGAUGCCAUAUUGAAGCAGCUACACGAAAGAUUAGAGGAAGGACAAGGAGAAACGAUCUAUUCUGUUGGACAAGGGGGUGAUGGUAAGAAAAGCGGAUUGAGUCCUGAUGAGGUGGCAGCAUCAGCAGCUACCCUGGAGCGAAUGGCUCAAAGCAUAGAGGCUGAUGUGGUCUUACUGAGAGAGAGAGACCUGGAGAAUGGAACGGUGGCCGACUACCUGGUCAGAAGGAGGGCAGAUGAAGAAGACUUCUACGAAGUUAGGGUGGCUGUAGUGGGUAAUGUCGAUGCAGGAAAGAGUACCUUGCUGGGUGUGCUCACCCACGGUGAGCUGGACAACGGUAGAGGGUUCGCACGACAGAAGUUGUUCAGGCACAAACACGAGAUGGAGUCUGGGAGGACAAGCAGUGUAGGGAACGACAUCUUGGGCUUUGACAGUAAAGGCGAAGUGGUCAAUAAGCCAGACUCCCACGGUGGGAGUCUUGACUGGGUCAGGAUCUGUGAGAAUUCCUCCAAAGUGAUUACCUUCAUCGACUUGGCUGGUCACGAGAAGUACCUCAAGACGACUGUGUUCGGCAUGACGGGUCAUGCGCCUGACUUUGGCAUGCUCAUGGUUGGUAGUAACGCUGGAGUGAUUGGUAUGACCAAGGAGCAUCUUGGUUUGGCGCUCGCCCUGAGCGUCCCCGUCUUCGUGGUGGUUACCAAGAUCGACAUGUGCCCUCCCAACGUCCUGCAGGAGACCCUGAAGCUCCUGCAGAGGAUCCUCAAGUCUCCUGGAUGCAGGAAGAUACCGGUCCUCGUCAACAGCAAGGAGGAUGUCGUCAUGAUGGCAACAAACUUCAGCUCUGAGAGAGUGUGCCCAAUCUUUCAGGUGUCCAAUGUGACUGGAGAGAACCUGAGCCUUCUGAAGAUGUUCCUCAACCUGUUGACAACCAGGACAAUGUUUGAUGAGAAUGAACCAGCAGAGUUUCAAAUUGAUGAGACCUACUCUGUACCCGGUGUUGGAACAGUGGUGUCGGGGACGACGUUAAAGGGGACGGUCAGAAUAAACGAUAUUCUGGCCCUUGGGCCCGAUUCUCACGGUCACUUCCAGCAGGUCAUCAUCAAGAGCAUUCACAGAAAACGUAUGCCGGUCAAGAUGGUCCGAGGUGGUCAGACGGCUUCUUUCGCUCUCAAAAAGCAAAUCAAACGGUCCCAAGUCAGGAAAGGAAUGGUGAUGGUUUCUCCUGAGAUCAACCCUGUUGCAUGCUGGGAGUUUGAAGGUGAAAUCUUGGUUCUCCACCAUCCCACAACGAUAAGCACCCGCUACCAGGCCAUGGUUCAUGUAGGGAGCACCCGCCAGACUGCCUCUAUCAUCAACAUGAGUGUAGACCACAUGCGGACCGGAGACAAGGCAACGGUACGCUUCAGAUUCAUCAAGAACCCAGAGUAUCUCAAGGCAGACUGCAGAAUGGUCUUCAGGGAAGGCAGAACGAAAGCUGUUGGCAAAAUCACCAAGAUACUUCCCCAUGCGCCUGCCACAGAAAACAAGCAGAAGCUCAAAGUAGGCAAGGGCAGGGGCCAUCACACACAGGGCCCCAAGCCUCCCGACUACUCAGCCUCAGGCGGUGGGAGGGGCACUGGACGAAGGGGGCGUCAUAGAGCAAGGGGGCCAGGGGAUGUCGGUGCCACCCCAUCAACAGUAGUAGUAGGAACGCAGUCUUCUCAAACAACCCUCGUUGGGGCAUCGUAAUGCCACUCCUAGUCUUCGUAUAGAAAGGGAGGCGUUUUAGAAAUUUACUGUACAAUAGAGUACAUCUUCAAAUCCUGUUGAUGUGAAGGUUCUGUAAAGCAACCCCUCCUCAAACUAUAUCCUUGUGAAUUCAGAACUGCAGCGCUUAGCUUUGUUACAGAUUGUUACAGAUAGCCCAUAAUUUUGUAAAAUAAGAAAUUCACUCAAGAUUUCAUCUUUGAUGUCGAAUUCAUUUACUUCCCAUUAAACCUUGCCUCAUUUUCAUGAUCAUCAUCAAUCUGUGACUUCCAAAGUGAUUAACAUACUUGUAAAGGUGUAAAUGCAACGAUCACUUAAUAGUCUAACUUCUAUACAUGCACAGUAGAACUAUCAUUUUUCAUAGGCAAUCGUUUUUAAAUCAAAUUUUUCAGGCAUUUCAUCUCCCCCCCCCCCCCUUUAAAAACCGGGCAUGGUUUCACAAUUUUAAUAUAAAUAGAUAGUUAAUAGGCAAUAUUAACUAUGGAUAAUCGAUACAUCUGCACACUCCUUUCACAAUACUUAGUUUUAUUUACCCAGAUAUACAUGUAUAGUAAAGUCUGUGUGACCUUUGCCGACUUAAAAACCUGCCUCAACCUGGACAAGUUGCAUAAGUGCAUCCUUAUUUAUUAAUAAUAAUGAUGUACAUGUCUAAGUUUUGUAAGGCACCAAAUCCACUUGCUUGAGGUGCACAAAGAGAAAUUGCAUCAAUGAGUUGCGUACAAAAUGGUAAUUGGUGUGCAUUCAUUCUUAUUGGUGCAAUUGCAUACUUACUUGGUGUGUGUGUGUGUGUCUCUCCCAAUUUGACUAUGAUACGCCCAUCAACCAAGGAAGGGUAUGUAACUUGGCAGCCUAAAUGCCAGGCAUAAUGCCAUGGGCCGUAGUCUCUGUAGAGAAAGCAUCAGUAUCAGUAUGUGGAAGAGAAGAACACUAGACAAUGACAUCAUCUUCGUCAACGACAUCUUCGAGCGAAUUGCCGGCGAAUUUUCCCGCCUCGCUCAGUACAACAAAAUAUGGGACUGUGGUUGAGACAGAAACAAUAAUGGUCUCUUUUUUAAUUGCAAUGUAGAUAGUACAUUUUGUAGAUAUUCUCCAACAGAUUUUUGUUCUUUUUUAUGUGUUGUUUUUCUGUAAUAUUCUUUCUUCCAGUUUGAACUUUUUUUUGCCAGGAGUGCUAUUCUGAAAACUGACAUCUUUUAUAACAGUGAGACGUAUGAUGAUUGUCUUGACAAAUCUAAUUUAGGACACAUCAUUUGUUGAUGUCCGAGUUUUAAGUGGCUGAUACGAGCUCUGUGCGACUUUAAUAUCAUUAUGGCAAUGAACAUAUGUCUCAGCAACAUCAAAGAUAGCAGUAUUUAGAAUACCACUAAGUUUGACAAAUGAAAAGCGUUUGACUUACAACCAAGUCUCAUUUUUACAUUUUAUUGUUUUUAUCUGAUUGUUUUAAAAUUAUAUGCAUCUAUGAACAUUUUAAACUCUUGAACAACAAUAUCCAUCAGAAUCAACCUAUGUAAUUAUUUUUCUUUUUCUUCUUCAAUUAAUAAAUAGGUUUGUUGCUUUGUCAUGCAUUGUAGUCCAAUUUUCUUAGGGCAUAGUGAUAGUUCUUAAUUUUAUUUUUUAUUUCAUUUUCCUUCUUUAUUGGAGUUUUUUUACAAGAGAAUAUUUAAUUACAAUCUAAUCAGGUUGUGUUGUUUUGAAGAA